AUUCCCCGGACCACGUGCACACGAUGCAUGACGUGACACAGAAGGAGGUGACAGUGGGAGUUUAAAAGGAUCAGUUUGUGUGAGAGAGAAGCGUGUGGAGAGUAAAUCUGUCAGUAGAGGUUUUCAGUAAGAUUCCAGGUUCACAGCAGGAAUAAUGAUGUUCUGCAGAGCGGCUUGGCAAAGACUUGCACCUCUGGCACGCAAAACACUCUCUCCUUUAUCCAGCAAUGCUGUAUUCCCUACACGACAGAUGUCCUUUGGGCUACCUGCGUCCGGUACAAACAUAGCUUACAUGGUGAUUGGUGGAAGCUCACUUACUGCUGCUCUCGUUUAUGCUUAUAAGACAAUAAACUCUGACAGUGCAAGAUAUAAUGAAAGAAUCGCUCAACUCGAGGCCAGACCAAAAAGUGAGGAGGGUGAGUAUAAAUUUAGCCUCUGUUUUAACUGUGUGUAUGUGUUUAAAAAUGCACUCAGUAGUCAAUAACAACUUUUCUAAAAAUUUAAGUCUGUCUUCUUUCACUUGUUUUGCAUGCAGAAAUAUAUAUCACACAUCUCAGAAUACUAGCACUUUUCCAAUAGUUGCAAAACUUGUGAAGUUUUGUCAUUUGGUGUUUGCAAAGUUUUGGCACUUCAAAGUAAGCAUGAUUGAUGAGAUAAUUUGAGCUUAGUAAAGUGCUUUCAUAUUAUCAUCAGAGUGACUUUUACUUUUAAUUAGUUAUACUACAGUUCAAAACUUUUGGGUCAGUACGAUUUUUUUUUUUUUUUUUUUUUUUUUUUUAAUUUUAAUUUUGAAAGAAAUUAAUACUUUUAUUCAGCUAAGAUGCAAUAAAUUGAUCAAAAUUGACACUAAAGAUAUGUAACAAAUAACAAUGUUACAAAUCAUUUCUAUUUCAAAUAAUUUUGGACUUUCUACUCAUUAAAGAAUCCUGGAAAAAAAUGUUAAGCAGCCCAACAGUUUUCAAAAUCUAUAAUAAUAAUAAUAUUAAUAAUGUUUCUUGAGCAGCAAAUCAGCAUAUUAAAAUGAUUUCUGAAGGAUCAUGUGACACUGAAGACUGGAGUAACGAUGCUGAAAAUUCAGCUUUCCCAUCAUAGGAAUGAAUUACAUAAUAAAAUGGAGAACAGUCAUUUUAAAUUGUAAUAAUAUUUCACAAUAUUACUAUGUUUAAUAUAUAAUACUGUUUUUGUUCAAAUAAAUGCAGCCUUGGUGAGCUUGAGAGACUGCUUUCAGAAAUAUUAAAAAUUGUACUGACCACAAACUUUUGAACAGUAAUGUAUGUUCAACAUAUAUCAUAAAUAUGGCUUCAUGAUAUCGCUUAUAUAACCGUUUAUUAAAGGAAUAGUUCACCCAAAAUGUUAUUCCAAGGCUAUAUAAUUUUAUAUACUUGUAUGAAUAUAAUAUAAUCAUAUAGCUAAUCUUACUUCCAUGGAGCACAAAGAUGCAUUUAAAAAUAAAAAAAUCUAUUCCGUCACAUUGUAUGUCUUCAGAAACACUUGGAAUAGAUCACAUUAGUUGCAUGCUACGUUUUUCAUUCGUUUAUGGAACUUCUGUGUCCUCCUUGGAACUUGAAAGCUCCAUUUCCCAUUCAUUGCAUUUGCAUAGAAAAAAAUGACCAAAUCAUACCAAAUCAUCUUCAUACUUUCUUCCUUGUUUUUUAUUUUUGUGUGAACCAAUCUUUUAAUGUUUGCUUGGUGAUGGGUCUGCAUUAUCUUGAGCCAAUUAAUCAUCCAUGCAGGUUCUUGAUAAACAAAUCUGACCUAUUCUGAGGUAUUGUGCAAGUAUGGUUCACUUUAAGCUCGUAAUAAAGUUUCUAAUGCUAACUCUAAGAGCUUAGACUCGAAAUCAGUUGAGCCUGCUAAUCUGGAUGAAUGAUUUCCGCUAUCCAUCCUGUUCUCAUAAUCUCUAAUGUUGUUCUAUUAAUGACAGAUGGAAUUAAUCAACACUGUUUUGAUGCUAACCCUCUUCAUUUAGUAUAAGAACACUUUUCCUAAGCCUGCUUUAUAUUUUUAAUCACGCUUGAUCUUGGAUUUUCUUUGGAUCAUUUUGCCUUUUCUUAAAGUCCUGCUUAAUGUAUUCCAUAGGAGCAGUGGCCAACGUUGCCCCGGUAACAGAAGCAGCUGCGAUUGUGGAAACCGCAAUAGCUGAAAACACCACUAUUGUUAAGGUCACAGCAGCAGAACCUGUCGUAGAGGUGGUUCAUGUGGAGGCUGAAGAGACCCCAGAACAUGUGGAUGCAGCAAUGGAGGUUGAGGCAGAAACUACAAUUGUACAAGCAGUAGCAGCUGAUGCCGAGGAACCUGCUGCACCUGUUGUUGAGGAUGUUGCUGCUGAGGCUGCGGCUCCUAUUGCCGAGACAACCGGUGAGGCAUCUUCUGUUGAGGAAGCAGCCUGAAUACUGCGCAGUCUAGAUGUAAACCCUUUGUGAAUCUUCCCAACCCACCUUGGAACGCUCCAUUAAGCUGUAGAGACUCCCGCUGUUGUGCUCCUUUUAACUGACUGUCUGUGUCCUCCUGAAAGAAGUGUCCUUUUUCAACUUGUGAACUCCACAGGGUGCUAAUCCCACAGUGACAGUGAGGAGGAGAGGUUGAGGAUGUCCAAAAACAAGUCUUGAAGAUUUAAAAAAAACAUAAACACGGCAAUGCACUUAAAUUGCAAGUGGCCUUUUUAUUAUUCCAGUCUGUGUUUUGAAACUUCAGUAUCUAUAAAGUAUUUUUUAAACCUCUCCUCCUCAUGACAUACCCUCACUUAUGUGCGUGCAGGGAGACAUUAGUCUUAAAUAACUCAUAUUGACAAUGUUGUUUUUUUGACGACAACAACAUGCAAACAUUUUAUGAAUACGUGCCAGGGCUGUGCUUCAUUCAGAACUUAAUUGAAAAUGCUUUUUAAAUUGCUUUUUAAAUUCCAGUGGUAGUUUUGAAUUAAAUUUGAAUUAAGUAAAAUAUAUACACACACAUACAUGCAUACAUAUACACACACACACAAAUACAGUGUGUGUAUUCAUUUAAUUUCCCAGAAUACCAUUACCGACUUUAUGUGGGGCGUGGCCAAUUUUUAAACGUGUCUGACCUAUUUUGGAGUCUUUCUAUACAUGCAUUCCAAACCACCAUGGUCUUAUAAGCAAUUCUGUCUUCAAGGGAGGUCUUUAUGUUUUAUAAAUGUUUUUCCACCUAUGAAUUUGGACCUCUUUAAGCUUUUGGGAUGGAGGCAAGCACUGUGCCAAUUACCAAACAGUUAAUCAUCUCUGUGAAUAUCUCUUAACCCUUUGGUGCUCCCUGUGUGGUGGUCAAAAAAAAUUUUUUUUUCUUUCUUUUUUUUUUUUUUUUUUUUUUUUUUUAAUGAAAUGAAUGUACUAUAUUUUAGUUCAAUAAUAUUUUUUUUUCAUUUUUUUAUAUAUAUUUUGUAUUUUUAGGGGAUUUUAUUGUACUAAAUUAUAUUUAUGCAGUAGUUAUAAUCCAUUUAUUCACUUUUUGAGAAUAGACCUGAAAAUGAGAUUUUCAUUUUGAAGGAAGAUAUUUAGAAGAAUGUUUGUAACCAAGCAGAUCACGCCCACUAUUGACUACCAUAGUAUUUAUUUUUCCUACUAUGGUAGUCAAUGGGGAGCAAGAUCUGCUUUGUUACAAACAUUCUUCCAAAUAUCUUCCUUUGUGUUCAGCAGAACAAAGAAAUUAAUUCAGGUUUGGAACUACUUGAGGGUGAGUAAAUGAUGACAGAAUUUUCAACUAUCCCUUUAAGUUUGGUCUCUUUUUAAAGAAGACACUUAGCAGAUUAUUGUUGAAGUGAAAAAAGGAAAAUAAAUAAAUAAAUAAAGUGGACUUUAUUUUUUAAAAAGUUUGUUUAUUGUUAUGAAAAAUGCACAAAAAAACUAUUUUCAAUUUUUAUAUGAAAUAUAUAUUUUCAAAAACAUGUUUUACUCUAAAACUGAGGAAAAUCAAAGCCAUAAAGCCACAUAGUUGAGGUUGAUAUAUCAAAAAAUGAGCUUUCAGUAAGAUUUUGUUUGGGCACAGUACCAAAUGUUUCCACUAGAUAAAAUUAAUUUCCCAGCAUUCCUGACCGCUGGGAAUACAAGUGUGACCUUUUUUUUUUUUUCAGGACCAUUUAACCUUUUUGAAUCAUGUUGUUUUUUUUUUGUUUGUUGUUUUUUUUUGUCUGUGUAUGUUCACAUAGCAAGUACCAAAACAUUUUCAUACCAUUCUGAUGAAGAAAAAAAACAUAAAUCUUUUCUGUCAAUAAUGACCGAAGAGCACCAGAGGGUUAAAAUGUGAAAUAUCAUAAGGAAAUAUUGUGCUAAUGUCACCUACACAUCAUAAUACUUGACACUGGAGACAUUUGCUCUUAUUCUCAAUGCUGUUUUUGGAAUUAAGGCUCGGCCAACUCAGAAUUUAUGUUAAUUCUAGUUUUUAAAACUGACAAAAUAUUAGUAUUCCCUAAAUAAAGUGUUAAAAAAUAAUGUAUUUGGAGUCUGAAUUCAGUGCCAUUUUAAUUGCAUUUUUUUUUUUUUAUCACUUUACGUCAUGAACUGUAAAUUAAAUGAAAAAUAAUGAACAUCAUAAUACUUUUUUCUAUGCUGCAAGUAUAUUUACACUAUAGUUUGUAUUUCUGCAUAUUGUGUACAAUUGUAAAAUAGCUCCUAUUGUGUUUUCAAUCAGCUUAGUUUAGAUCAUCAGCUUUAAAUGUUUCCACAAUCCUGUAAAUACAUGCAGAUUAAACCCCACAUCCUUAUGUUGGCAAAUGCAUCCCAAUUAUUCCUCCUAAAGUAUGUAGUUUGCACAACACAAAUGUUUUCAAACUGUCUUCAUUAAUGACUUUAUUCAAAGAUGCUUCAGGCAUCUCUUACAGUUAAUCUCUGUAAAUCUCUUUUACGUGUGUUGAUUAUUUAAUCCCGACUUUUAGAGAUUUAUGCCACUUAUGGUGUCUUGAGCAAGGAGAUUUCCUAAUGGAACCACCUUCAAAUCUUUCCAUGCCAUCCUGUGCUCUUCAGCAAAAGGCACUCAGCUGCCCCCUGCUGCUCUGGGUCAAACUACAUGUAUUGUAGACAUAUUCAUAUAUUACAAACCAAAUUAUUACUUAUAAAUCGGAAAAUUUUUAGAUAGGCUGCAUGUUCCAUCCAAGUGCAAGAUUCUGAGAAACUGUGAAAAGGAAGAUCUAAUCAGCUUGACUUUGCACAACUUUAUGUGGGAUGUUUUUAACCUCACUAUGUUGUCUUUUGUAAUGUUAUUUUACACUCAUUAACUGAUGUUAUGGGAUUUUUAAAGUUUCAUUUGGAACAAUUAAAGUUCCAGACAGAACAAUAAACAAGCAUAACAUAAACAGCCAUUUUGGCCGUUCAUUUACACAACAACAGUGUUUUGGGGGCCUGAAAAUGCAAGCUUUUGAAAACGUGUUUCAAAGUGCAAAUUUUUGAAAAUGAUAUAGUUAUUGUCUGCAUGUAAACUACAAAAACGUGAAUUCGUGUGAACGGGGAUCGUUUUGACAACGUUGUCGUCUGUAUGCGAAAAAAUAUCCAAAGUGCAAAUUGAACGGGGAUCAUUUUGAUUGUCAUCGUCUGUACGUGGAAAACACAAAGGAAAAACAUUUCUGGUUUUAGUAUAUCGUUGUCGUGUAAACGUGCCUUAAAUCAGUGACAAAUUGCUUAUGUUCUUUUUUGUAAGUCGCUCUGGAUAAAAGUGUCUGAUAUAUAUAUAUAUAAUUCUAUAGAUCCAUAGAAUUCAGUAGAAGAAUAAAAUAAAAUAAUAUUUAUAAAUAUUAAAUAAUAAAAAAAAUGCUAAAAUAAAGUCCAUAUACUCGAUGCCUACUUAUUGCACUUUUACAUAUAUUUCUGUAAUAAACUGAUCUUGUUGCAGUUAUAAUGUCUGAUCUACUGAGCACUGUGAAAAUCCUGGCUGGAUCUACAGCGGAGAUUGCAGCUGCUUCAGUUGGUGAUCAGCACCUGGUGGCCGCAGUGAGGUUGGCUGAGGAGAACAAUUCUGUGGAGAUCCUCAAUGGGCUGGAGGUUGUUGAUGUUAAAGCAGAGGUCUCAGUGCCCGAGGAAGCUGAAGUUGAGGAGGCCAUGAUCGGUAGAUCUGAUCUGAAAACAGAAGGAGGAGAACUGGAUGAACUGUCUUCAGCACUUCAUGCAGUAGAAGAAACUACUGUUGAAGUGGCAGAUGACCAUGUCAAGUCUGAGGCAGACAGCCCUGUUGUGGCUGAAGUUUAUGUUGAAAGCCCUGCUCUAUCAGAGAAGGCUUCUGUUACGGAGAUGGAGAGUAUUUUGGGAUUGGAAGAGUCAAUGAGCCCUGUGGUGAUGUUGUCAGAAGAUGAUACCAUCUCUGGACCUGCAGAGGUGACAUCAGAAGCAGUCAAGGCAGUCGGUCAGGAAAUAGAAGAAGAUAUAGCAUUAAGUCAUGAGCCAGCUGCCACAGAAACAGAACAUGCAGAUCUCACAACGCCACCAACAGACCUGGAGGAAGCACUACAGGCCACAACAGAGGCUGCAGAAGAAGUUGUCGUGGAAAUGAUGCUGGAUGCUGUGGAGGAAGCUAAACCAGAAAAGGCAUCAGAAGAGGCUGUUGAAAGUGGAAAUGUUACGAUGACCAUGGCACAAGCCUGAAGUGAAUGUUCCAGAUCCUGAGACACAGAAAGCGAGUGAACCCCACAGAAUCUGUAACAUAAUACAUACAGUGAAGUUAACAUGCAGUGCUGUAAUCAUGAAACAACUUUAAUCAUCAUUUACUUGUCGUUUCCACCUGGAAAGUGUAAGUUAAGAAGGGGUAAGAUGACCCUUCCAGAUUAUUUUUUUCCUCUCUUGACUAUGGCUCGAAAUCUCAUCUCAACACAUUUUGUAUGACUAUGCUCUUCUUAAUUUUGCCAUUUCAUCUGAAUAUCGAUAUUUGUGAGAUUUAGUUAGUCAAAACAGUUUUGAAGUUAUCUAAUUUUGUGUCUCUGGAAAAUAGUGAUCUGUGAUGGAUUUGUGGACACACUAAUGUUUUUAGGUUUGUGGAGUAAAAAAUAUUGUUUUAAAAAGAAAAGAUAAAAUUGGACCCCCAGAAUUGAGACAGAAGGUUCAAAGUGGCAUGUUAUUAAAUUUAUCACAUGUGUUAUUUUUUUAAAUUCAAUACUUGCUGUAAUUCAGUGUUAUUAUUCAAUAAUUCUAUGAGUUAUAUGUAUAUUUCAGUCAUCUUCGCUAUUCACUAAAGUCUAGGCUAAUUGAGUGAAUUCAUAGAAUUCAAUUCAAAUUUAUUGUGUUGCUAUUAUGUCAAUUAAAUAUGUAUUCAUAUAAGUCAUAGAAUAAAGUUACCUUUCGAAUUAUUUAACUGGGAAUCUGAUACUAUUCAAUUAUUCAACUAAAUUGUCAAAACUCAAUUUUAAAUAGAAUAGUCUAUUUAGUAUUUUAUAUUGACAUUUUAAAUAAAAAAAAUAUAAUAUAAAGUAAAUAUGCACUGUUCCUCCGUCUUACCCUUAUAAUCACACACACACACACACACACACACACACACACACACACACACACACACACACACACACACACACACACACACACACACACACAAACAAAUACAAUAUAGCCAUACAGAUUAUGUUUCGCUUGAUCAUAGUCUGAAGUCAUGUUUUCUUUUUUCAGAAUCAGUGCUGUAUUUGUCACAUCCACACCUGUAGUUCAUCUAGUUCACCGCCAGAGGUUCUCAUAAGCUUGUGUUGUUCAUCCUUUUUUAUUUUUUUUGUCCUUGAAUCAGUGAUUUUGGUUGAUUAAGACUUUUCAAACAUUGACACUAUUUAACAGUGUAUACUUCAUUGUACUACAUGAUUUAAAGAAGAUUUGUCUAAUUAUUGUAUAAUUAUUAGCCUAUAUAUGAUUUUUUUUUUUUUUUUUUUUUUUUUAAAUAAACAGACUUGCCUCUUUGAAAUAAAUGAAUAGGCCUAUAGCUACUCAAUCACUCUUUUAAUCAUUCACUGUACACUACAGUGGUGAAAACCACAUGGGCUAGUUCACUAUUUUGAGAGCCAGUGAUCGAAAGCAAAUACAGACAUUCAUGUAAUGAUCAGACAAUCAUUACACUGUCGAAACAUCGCUGAUGGGAACUACCAUAUAGGCUAUUAUUUCGGAUAUUAGAAAUACAAUAGACCUCUUCAUGUCAUUUUUCAUAAUGUAUAUGCCUAUUACUUUCACUGACUGAAAUAAAAAUCAACUGUAAAAUAGUUUUUCAGUACUCAUUUCAUUUUAUGAAUUUCCUGGUAGAUUCAGAACUGGAAAUAUUAUGCGUCUGUUCUGUAGCCUAUAGCCUAUUACUAAUGAUAUAAUGAUAUUUCCUACAUAAAAGAAUUUGUAUUUGACAUUGUCUUCAUAGGAAUUAAAUGAAGAACCAAUCACAUUUUAGUUUUGUCAGUAAUAAGUUAUAUCAGAAGUCAAACAGCAGAGGGCGCUACAUAUAUGUAGUAGGUUAUAUAUGUAUCUUUUUAGUUGUACAAGAAAACAUAUGCAGGCGAUAUAUGAAUGAAGCUGACAAUUGGGCUCUCUAAAUUAACUCAUACAAGACCAAGUUCAUCUACAUGUUGCUUUAAACUGACUACAUAUUGUCCCAGACCCACAGUGAGCCCAACAAAAUUCAG